AUGGGUGGUUUGCGUAAUUUGAGCGGGCUGGAUGCCAGUCAACUUGUGAUUGAUGGCGAUUUGAAGAUUUCUGGCAACAACAACCUCGAGUCCAUUGCCGAUCUGAACGGCGUGGUUAUUACGGGCACUUGUAUGAUUGCCAACAAUCCCCUCUGUGUCGGCUGCACCUGUGGGAGUAUCGGCCUUGCUGCCUUCACGACUAGCACGACGACAACUUCUACCACCUCAACGACCACGGUGACGACGACAACUUCGACAUCCACCACUUCGACUACAACUCGGAACCCAGCAUACGAAGGGGACGUUCUGUGUCAAUCAAGUGCGCAGUUGGCUGACGCGGCCGCUUUGCUUGAGGAUCGUCUGCGCAUCAAUGGCAUGGUGGCGUUUUCGAAUUAUGAUAGUUUCACCUGCGAUGUUGACGCGACCACUCUGGCAUCCAUGACCGCCAUCUCACAUGUUGAAGCGCUUGAAAUCCGCGGGAGCACAGCCCUCGAAACAUUGGCGGGUCUUGAAGCGUUGGCUGCUGUUGAGUUUGAUGUUGCGAUCCGCGGUAACGCCGCUCUGAGCAACCUCAGCGGUUUGGACACGCUUUCAUCUAUUGGACUGGAUCUGACGAUUCGUGGCAAUGCUUUGCUGACGAGUCUGAGUGGUCUCUCGUCAUUGACGCACGUGGGGGGACAGUUGGCCAUUCAGUCCAAUCCCGUUCUUGAAACGCUGGACUUUAUGACCAGUUUGGGAAGCGUCGACUUUCUCCUCAUUAGCAACAAUCCGCUGCUCACGGAGGUGGACGCUUUGGCGUCUUUGACCUCUGUCAAUACCCUGUACGUGUUUGGAAACGACGAGCUGGCCAAUGUGAACGCUCUUCGAAACGUCACGAUUGUAGGCGAUUGCUUCAUCUCGGGUUUGAAAGACUGUGUUUCGCCUGAUGCUUGUUCGUGCAGCGACUUGUAG